AUGCUAACGCGCAACCUCACUGUCGCCUUUUCCGAACAACUCCGCGCCGUCAUGAAUAACAAUAACCCGCCUCAGCAGCAGGAUGGAAACUCGAGGAUGUCACAUUCCAGCAGACGCAAUAAGAAGAGGCGGGAGAGAUCGAGAUCCCGCACAAGUUUCAGCAGGAGUAAUCCACAAGAUCGCGUAUCCAAGACCGCCUCCCAAGAUGCCCGGACCUAUCUAGAAAGCAAAAAGCAGAAGGCAUCCGAAAGCGUCCAAUCGCUGGUGGAUAGAAGGAGGCAAGAGAGGAAGAAGGCGCAGCUCGCAGGAUCUAGCCAUCCCGGGAGUCCUGUCACCAUGCCCCGGAAUGAGGUCGAGGUAAAUAACCUCCCUGAAGAUCCUACGCCAAUAAUCUCCCCGUUGGCUCCAGAAAUACUAAAUACCCCCAACCCGGGGAGAAUAAAAAUCCCAAACAUGACGGCAUUCGACGGCACGUCAUGCCCCGAAGAACACUUGAUGGCUUACAAAAAUUUGAUGGUGCUGCACACUACCAACCCAUCCUUGUGGUGUAAAUUCUUCCUAACUACUCUUACUGGAGUAGCCUUGACAUGGUACACCUCCCUUCCGGGAGGAAGUAUCCAUAACUUUGCCCAAUUAGAAGGCAAAUUCCUAGGUCAUUUUGUGGCAUCCAGGAGGCAGGAGAAAUCAAACUUCCAUUUGCUUAGCAUAACGCAACUGGAAGGGGAAUCCAUAUCAUCUUACUUGAAGAAAUUCCAUGAGGCAGUACUGGAGGCACAUGACCCAAAAAGGCGAAAGUCUGAAAAGAAAGAUGUCGCAUCCUCCCAUCAAUCUUUAUGGAACAGAGAGGAGCAUUCGUCAAGGAGGGACAGAAAUUACAUGCCGCGUCGUCCAGAGCCCCCGUCAGACAUGGGACCUCCACGAUCCCGGCACGUAUAUAUCGCGGAAGGGGAGUCCAGGACGCGGAAUUUGCUAGACGGAGGUAACGACCCGAUGUUCAAUCGAAACAGGAAGGACAUUUUCUUCGCUGUUCGAGAUAAGUUGCCAGCUCCACCUCCUACUACCACUCCUUCCGAUAAACGCAACUACAAUUUGUGGUGUGAUUACCACAAAGAGCACGGCCAUACUUUGGCCCAGUGCCGCGAACUCAAACGUAUCCUACAUCAAUUGGCUGAUGAAGGAAAACUGUUUAGGUUCGUUAACCGAAGGGACUAUGACGCAAGAGGAGAAGCGGAAAGAAGGCAGUGGAAUCAAAGACGCGGAUCCCCCAAGAGGGAUGAGGCAAGGCGUGAAAGUUCCAACACACAAGGAACUAUCAACGUAAUUUUCGGAGGAUACACUGAAGAAUAUCCUACCAUUCGAGCCGCGAGGGAUAGCGUCCAUACUCUGCUGAAAGGACCUCUAAAAACCGUAUCAAAGGGACCGAUCAUGAGAUUUGAUGCCACUACUUCCCAACUGUUGCAACAACCACACAUUGAUCCUUUAGUGGUUACCAUCAAGAUUGGGCAAAUGAUGGUGAGGCGAGUAUUGGUGGAUACCGGAAGCACAGCCGAUCUUAUAACGAUGGAAUGCCUAAAAAAAAUGAAAUUCGAAGAAAAGCACCUGCAACCCCUUGAUAAACCUUUGAUUGGGUUUGGAGGAAACCAGGUCAUUCCAAUGGGAACAAUCAUACUCCCUGUGCGAGUAGGGGAAAGAAGCGGAAGCAGAACAAUGCCCGUGCGAUUCACGGUGGUAGAUCUGGCGUUCCCCUACAACGCCAUCAUGGGACUCCCACUCAUCAACAAGAUCAAAGCGGCAAUCUUCCCUCACCAACUCUUGUUACAGUUUGAGCAGGACGACGGACAAGUGGGCAUCCUCAAGGGAGACCAGAUAUCACGAAGGAGCCGUGGUGGCUAUAGCACUUCGAGAAUAUUGGUUGUGUCUGCAGAGUCUAUAAGUCGGACUCUAUAUAUGACCAACUUUCUCGCAAUUUUUCUAAGUUAUGAAGAUUCUGCAAUGAGUCUAUGCAGACACUUGAAUGUUUCGGGGGAGUCGAUAAGUCGGACUCCCAAGGUGUGUGAAGAUGUCGAUAAUUUCUCUAAGUUAUCAGGCUUCCUCAUGAAGCCGGAGGGUCGAUAA